AUGCCGAUAUGUAGGCCCCAUGACAGUUGGAGUCAAGUUGCUGUUAGUUAUAUUGCCACCGUGUUGGGCGCGUUUUGGUGGGCGCCAAAAAGUAUGUCCGAUCUUAACACCGUUGACAUUUCCCACCGACGUUCGCCAUUUAACGAAAUCCCAACCGCAAACGGGUCAGAAUUAACAAAACACCAGCCUUCCAACAGCGAGGGCAACGCCCUAUUCAAUUCUGCUCUCAAGCAGAGCCAGUCCUUAAAACGCGAUAUCAAUGCCUUCUCCAGUUCGCAAAAGUCGGCAGCCGAACAGGGACAAAUAUCUGCCUCUUUGGCAUCCUUCAAUCGAACAAUAGACGACUACGAUGCGAUGUCUAAGAGGGAAUUGAUACCCGCCAAACAGGAGAAAGCGAAGGAAAGAGUUCAGAAUUUUCGAAUACAGUACUCCGAGUUAAAGAUGGAAUUUGAUAAAUUAAGGAGCGAAAAGGAAGAAGCUGACACAGCGACGAACCGCACCGAACUCUACGGCCGCCGUGGCCACUCGUCCGCUACACCCGAUAAUCCGUACUCUUACUCUGCACCGACUAACCGACCACCACAAGGCUCCACAGCCUUUGGAGCACCUCUCACAUCCUCAAAUCUGAAUCGGGAAUCGCAUGCCCUUCACGAGCAAAACUUCCUUGGCCGAACCAAUGACGCACUGGACGAGUUCUUAGCCCGUGGACGAGCAGUCCAAGAAGAGCUGGCGCUAAAUAAAAUGACCUUAAAAGAAACCCAGAAACGACUAUACACCGUCGCUAAUACCCUCGGAAUAAGCGGAGAUACAAUACGUAUGAUCGAGCGACGGGCGAAAGAGGAUAAAUGGAUAUUUUAUGGCGGAGUGGUUGUCUUCUUUGUUUUCUGUUACCUCGUCUUGAAGUGGCUAAGGUAG